GGGGGGCCUUGCGGCAGUGGAAGGGGACGGGGCGUACCAAGGGUGCCGUGGGCGGGGCCGGCGCUGCGGGAUGGACGCGGUUCUGCUCGCCGCCGCUGCCGUGCUGCUCGCCGUCCUUCUCUUCUUCGCCACCCGCCUCCGCGGCCAAGCCAGGGCAGCUGACGAGGAGCACCAGCAGAAUGUGGCAGCAGCAGCAGCAGGGGGGGCCCGGCCCCGGCCCCAGGGCGAGGAGCGAGCGGAGGGGAUGCCCCGGCGCCGCAGGAACAUGGGCAGCAGGCUGAUGGCCCAGAGGAGAGCCCAGCAGGCAGAGGAGUGGCUGGAAGAGGAAGAGGAUGCUGAGGAGGUGCCAGAAUUUCAGGUGUCUGGGAAAAUUGGAGCAAAGAAGCAGAGGAAAUUAGAAGAGAAACAAGCCAGGAAAGCACAGAGAGAGGCUGAAGAAGCAGAGAGGGAAGAACGGAGAAAGCUGGAGUGGAAAAGAGAGGAGGAGAGGCGGAGAGAGGAGGAGAGGAUCCGUCUGGAGGAGGAACGCCAGGAAGAGGAAAAAAGGAAGGCAAAGGAAGAAGAGGAGAAGAGAGAAUAUGAAGAGUACCUGAAGCUGAAGGAAAGUUUUGUAGUUGAAGAGGAGGGGGUUGAAGAAGCAAUGACAGAGGAACAGUCUCGCAGCUUUCUUAUGGAAUUCCUGGAAUAUGUUAAGAAAACAAAGGUUAUCCAGCUGGAGGACUUGGCUUCACAUCUGGGCUUAAGGACACAGGAUGCAAUUAACAGAAUCCAGGACCUGAUGGCAGAUGGCACCCUGACAGGUGUGAUUGAUGACAGAGGGAAGUUCAUCUACAUCACUGCACAGGAGAUGGCAGCCGUGGCUCAGUACAUCAAGCAGCGAGGCCGAGUGUCCAUUGCAGAGCUGGCCCAGGCCAGCAACUCCCUCAUCAACCUGCAGCCUGACAGCAGAGCUGUGCCUCCAGCCAUGGCCUGAGAGCAGCCCUGCAGGGCCUGGAGCUCUGCAGCAAUAAACCACUCACUACAAGCAAACAAGAACCUCCCCUGUGCCUGAAGGUAGGAUGCUUUUCUGAAGCAUCAGCUGCAAACUCAGAAUUUUGCUUUUCCUUCUGCUAGAACUGGUGUUAAAUGGUAAAGUUGAGUACAAGAGACUGGUCAGCAGCUCAAACACUGAUGCACCUGUAGCCCAGGAAGAUCAGUAAUUUAUUUGCAAUAAACAAACUUUAAUUGUUUGCAGAUUCUGGUGUCUGUAUCAAAUAGAUUUGGGGUUGGUUGCAUUCAGGAUUCUCCAGGUUUGCUCUGCACUAUGGAGCUGUUUAACUUGGUGGUGGACACAGCCAUGGGUGUGUAGGUUUUGGGUGCUGUACCCAGAUUGGAAGGAAAGAGCAAAAAGAAAAUUUGUCUUUGUUCUUGCUGAAAUAAAUCCUGAAAUUCUGGAAAGAAUGGUUGCUCUGUUAAAACUUCCAGGGGCUAUUUCAGGAAACUUCUGCUAUAUAAAUAUAUUUAUAUAUUGAUUUAUGUAAUUUAAAGUUUACUUGCAGACAAGCUGCAUCAUUUCCCUAUAGCCAAGAGACAGAAACCCCUCCAGGGAAGGGCUGACUGGGCUCAUUUACUGUGCAGGCCAGUCCUGCUGAUACCAAGCAGAUCCUGGUGAUUCAUCCUUUGAAGUCAGAGCCAGCUCAGAGUGUCUGAAGGCCUCAGACACUCCCACCCUGUGGCCUCUGUGUUCUGCAGGUUUGGGGGUUUUUAAAUGAAAACUUCAGACACUGAGUCAUGCAAUUAAUGUGCCAAGUUAAUGAUUAUUAAUGUGUUAAUUGUACAGGUCAUUGUAUUUCCUGCAUAAGAAUAUUUAUUUUUAAAUCAUUCAUUCAUUCUCCUUUCUGAAAUCAGCAGAAUUUAUGUGAAUAAACAGUAAUUGGAGAGGACAAGAGAUUUUGUCUCUACCAAACUUAGAACUUGAGCAGACUAAAAGCCACAUUAUCAGUGGGAUGAGGCAGCAAUAAAACAAUGGAAGGAAACAUUUCCUGUUAAUCUCUGCAGUGCUGCUGGAUGUGAGAGUGCAGCAGAGGGGAGUUCCACCAGCACCACUGUUGGUGUGAGGGAUCAGCACAUCCUCAGUGUCCAACCUCAGCCAGCAAAGAGGUUAUUUCACAUCUGGGGCUUGUAAAGUCUCUUACUUUCAGAUUGCAUACUAAAUUUCUAAAAAAUAUUUGGGUUUGCCAUUAUAUUUUCUUGUUCUGUCUUAAACUACUCUUGUAAUAAAAUCAACAAUAUUGAAAGAA